CUAACCGGCAGCAACAACGACUUCGGUCCCGACACCCAUCCCACACAAAUUCCAGAGGCCAGGAAACCUUCGCCAUGUCUGAACAGUCUCACCGCCUCUACGUGAAGGGAAAGCACAUCUCCUACCAGAGGGGCAAGCGCAACACCACUCCCGGUACCUCGCUUCUGAAGCUCGAGGGCGUCGACAACACCGACUCCGCACAAUGGUACGCCGGUAAGCGCGUCGCGUACGUCUACCGCGCCCAGCGAACCGUCCGUGGCUCCAAGAUCCGUGUCAUCUGGGGCAAGAUCACCCGUCCUCACGGCAACUCCGGUGUCGUGCGCGCCAAGUUCAGGUCCAACCUUCCACCGAAGACUUUCGGUGCCUCCGUCCGCGUCAUGCUUUACCCUUCGUCCAUAUAAUUUCUUCCACUAGCGUAGGGGAAGGGGACGGUCGAUGAUUAACGAUGUGUGCGGUCGUGUGGCGUAUCCCGGCAAUGGAAACAGCGACGAGCAGGGAGGCUUUGUGCUCGAUCUCAUUCACAUGGCAUAUUCGGGCUGGUUACGG